AUGUCUCCCUUUCUCGCCUUCCGUGGUGGCGGCAUCUGCCGCUUCUCCAGCGCCGCGACUUCAUCGGCGGCGCAACUCACUAUCUCCCAUACCAAGAGGCUGCUCAGAAACACGCACGACCCCGACGAGGUCCUCAAAAUCUACUCCUCCUUCGCCGCCACCAACGACCCCUCCGCCUCUUCCACCUCCGCCGCCGUCCGAUUCUUCCAGGAGCUGGCCGUCCGCCGCCUCGUCAAGUCCCACCGAUUCUCCGACAUCAAGAACUUCCUCGAAUCCCACAAAUCCAACCCCCAGAUCACGCAGGAGCCCUUCGUCGCGUCCAUCAUCCGCUCGUACGGCGUCGCCGGAAUGUUCGAGAACGCCGUCAACACCUACAACGAGAUGGCCGACCUUGGCAGCCCACGGACCUCCCUAUCCUUCAACUCCCUUCUCUACGCCUGCGUCAACUCCAAGAUGUUUGACCGGAUUCCUGUCUUUUUCGAAGAGUAUCCGCUCAAGUUCGGGUUUGAACCGGAUAACUUUUCGUACGCCAUGCUGAUCAAGGCAUACUGUGAGAUGGGCUCGAUCGAGACGGCCAUGGAGAAGCUGAGAGAUAUGGAGGAGAAGGGGAUCAAGAACUGUGUGGUUUGUUUCUCCACAAUUUUGGAUGCUCUCUAUAAGAAGGGAUCUGUUAGUGAGGCUGAGAAGUUUUGGUCCGAGGUGGUUAAUGCAAAGGGUAUCUUGCCUGAUGUGGGAUGCUACAAUGUGAGGCUCUCACAUAUUCAAGAAGAGAAGCCGGAGGCUGUGAAGGGUCUAAUUGAGGAUAUGGAGAAUAAUGGGAUAAAACCGGACACUAUUACUUACAACUAUUUGAUUACCUGCUACUGUGUCAAUGGGAUGAUGGAUGAAGCCAUGAAGGUGUAUAAUGAUGAUAUCUUGAAGGGUAAAGGACUUAACCCGAAUUCAGCUACUUUUAGGACUCUGGUUUACCAUUUGUGCAAGAAGCAGCGAUUUGUUACGGCGUAUAAGGUGUUCAAGAAGAGUGUGCAUAUGGGGAAGAUUCCAGAUUUCAACACUUUGAAAUAUUUGGUGGAGGGAUUGGCUAAGAACGGGCAUAUGGAUGAAGCUAAGGGUAUGAUUCAGAUUAUGAAUAAGAAGUUCCAUCCAAAUUUGUUGAAGGCUUGGGAAAAACUUGCGAAUGAGCUUGGGGUGGCUGGUGAUGUGGCUCAGAAUGUUGAUUCUGGUGGGGAAGGACAGGAAGCUGAGUUGGGUGAGAUUGAGAACUCGAGUGCCUGA